UCCGAAAUUCCGCACCGUUUUUACAUCCUCUGACACAGCUGAAAACAAGGUGGUCCACUUGUCAUUAUUACCAACGUUAUGUUGUCUCCAACGACAUCGUUAUCUUCUUGGGAUAUAAUAAAAGCCAAUCCAUCCAUAAUCCGUUGGCGAGCUAAUCAUAAAACGGUGCAUACAGAGUGUAGUGUUUAAUCUGUGUUUUCAUAGACUAUCUUGUUUUGUUGUGUGUUGAUUUUGAUCAGAUCGGAGAGAGAAAAUGGGGAGGAUGGAUUAUUUGGCGAUGAAGACUGACCAAGACACCGCCGAAUUGAUCAAUUCCGACAUCAAUGAGCUCAAGAUCGCUGCUAAGAAUCUCAUUAACCAUGCCGCCAAGCUCGGUGGAUUAGGGUUUGGAACUUCAUUCCUCAAAUGGGUCGCCUCCUUCGCUGCUAUUUAUUUGCUGAUACUGGAUCGCACAAACUGGAGAACAAACAUGCUGACUUCACUUUUAGUCCCUUAUAUUUUCUUUAGUCUUCCUUCACCACUGUUCAACUUUUUUAGUGGAGAGGUAGGGAAAUGGAUUGCUUUCAUUGCAGUUGUUUUGAGGCUUUUCUUCCCACGACAUUUCCCAGACUGGCUGGAGAUGCCUGCAUCCCUGAUUCUUCUUCUGGUAGUUUCUCCCCGCUUCUUUUCACACACUCUGAGGGACAGCUGGGCUGGCAUCGUCGUAUGUCUUAUCAUUGGUUGUUACCUGCUGCAAGAACACAUCCGGGCAUCUGAUGGAUUCAGGAAUUCCUUCACCAGACCCCAUGGUAUAUCAAACACGGUUGGGAUUAUUCUUUUGUUGGUCUAUCCAGUAUGGGCAUUGGUACUUUACUGGAUUUAAGCAAUUAUGGAGCAAGGCCUGCACCUAUCAACUGUCUUGCAGCUGCAAUCUGAAAAGGCAUUUCAAUAUUAAAUCUUCUCUAGUUUUUUUUUUUUUGUUGUUGUAAUGGAAUUGCAAUUUAAUACUACUGUCUAGUUUUUGAAGUGAAGAUGUUCAUUGAUGGCACAACUUUGUUUUACUGUGAAUUGUUGUAAAACUCUGGUAUCAUCAUUUGAAUGCGAGUUCAUUGUCUAUGAGAAUCGGUG